AUGGCUGCAGCGCCUGAGAAUAAAACCUUUAUCUAUCUAUCUAUCUAUCUAUCUAUCUAUCUAUCUAUCGUAUUUUUUCUCUUUCGCUUCACUCUUUUUCUUCCUCUUUUUUUUUUUUUUUUUUUGCCUGUUUCUUCUUUGUUCUUUCUCUCCAUCGUUGUUUCAUUUUCUUCUUUUCUAUUUUUCUAUUCCUCUUCCUUUUUCACUACUUCUGCUUUAUUUCCCCCACAUUUCUCGACUUCCUGUUUUUCUACCUUUUUUUUCUGUCUGUUCUUUUCUUUUUUUUCUCUUUUUUUUCAUUUCAUUUCUCUUCCUUCUUUUUCUAUUUUUUUCGUUCUUUCUUUCCUCUCUUUAAUUCCCUUUGUCUUCCGUUUUCCACCUAUUCCUCUAUUUUUCUCUUCUACUUCCUUCGUUUCUUUGUUUUCUUUAUUUUUCUCUUCACCUUUUUCUAUUUUCUCUUCUUUUCUUUUCUGUCUUUAUCUUCUCGCUCUCACAUUUUCUCCAUCUUUGUUUCUUUUCUUAUUUUAUUGUUUCUUCUUUCUUUUUCUCUCUUCUUCUUUUUUCUAUCUUUUCUUCUAUAUCUCCAUCACUUUUUUCUCUCCUUCUUUCAUUUCCAUUUUCUCCUUCACUUCAUCUUUUCUCUCCAUUUCAUUCCUUUCCUCUCCUUUUUCACGAAUGUUUCCCAUUUUUCUAUACCUCCCUCUUUUCACCUUCCAUUUUUUCAAGCCUUUUCAUUCUCUUAUCUUCUCUACGUUUUUUUCUCCUUUUCUCUUCAUCUUUCUAUUCAUUUUCCUUCUUUUCCUAUCCAUUUUCCUUUUCUUUCUUUUUCACCAUUUGUUUUUGUAUCUCUCAUUUUUUUGA